AGGGACAAGUUCCUUUGGUGUAAUUUCUUGUGCAAAGUGGGUGAAACACAUUUGUGACUGUCAACAUCAAAUACUGUAUUUACAAACGGCACUAAGGUGGAGUUAAAAGGGCCAGUUCCCCCACAAUCAGACACAUUCCUCCUCUCACCUGCAGAGCUGUUAAUCCAUCUGGAGAGUUUCGGUGUGAGCUGCAGUGAGUGUGAGUUCUGGAGAUAUCGGCCGUAGAGACGUCUGCAUUUGUUCAAAUAUAAUGGGACUGUGUGGCAUUCGGCUCGUGGAGCUCAAAGCACACUACAGAUCUUGAAUGAGUAGCGAAGACUGUAAAACACAGCUAUGCAGACCAUCAAGUGUGUUGUAGUUGGGGACGGUGCUGUGGGUAAAACCUGCCUGCUCAUCUCUUACACCACAAACAAGUUUCCCUCUGAAUAUGUACCUACGGUGUUUGAUAACUAUGCUGUCACUGUAAUGAUUGGAGGCGAGCCCUACACUCUGGGCUUGUUUGAUACAGCAGGUCAGGAAGACUACGACAGGUUACGACCUCUGAGUUAUCCCCAGACGGACGUCUUCCUUGUCUGUUUCUCUGUCGUGUCCCCCUCCUCCUUUGAAAACGUCAAAGAAAAGUGGGUUCCAGAGAUCACCCACCACUGUCCAAAGACCCCCUUCCUGCUAGUUGGGACUCAGAUUGACUUGCGGGAUGACCCAUCCACUAUAGAGAAGCUGGCCAAGAACAAGCAAAAGCCCAUCACUCCGGAGACGGCAGAGAAGCUGGCGAGAGACCUCAAGGCUGUGAAAUACGUGGAGUGCUCAGCCCUCACGCAGAAAGGCCUAAAGAAUGUGUUUGAUGAGGCGAUAUUGGCGGCAUUGGAGCCCCCAGAGCCCAAGAAGAAACGCAAAUGCGUGCUGCUAUGAGAGGCUCCUACCUUUUCAAAGCACUCACACAUAACACAAACAUACACACCUUAAAUACAUGCACCCCACACCCACACCCACCACCCCCACCCCAAACCCUGUCCCUUGGUUGACAGCAUUGUCCUCCACAGGGAAGACUAGAAAGAAAACAGCCUACCAAGUUUCAGAUAAUUGUCUGCAAUAAUAAGAAGCUUCACCCCUAAGUCUGAGUUUGGGACAGAAGGUCAAGCCAACCUGGCCGACAGGCUGCUGUGGGCUCCGGACAGAGCGGCAGGGCCUCGGUCGGGGAUCCAGAUAUCAAGCUUACAUACGAGUAGAAUUGAUUCUGUCGAGCUUUUGAUAGAUUGUUUUUGAUUCAGUCAAGUGUUGUGGCCUAAUCAACUUUUAGAUGCCCAGCCAUUUAUUUGUCCUCAGCCAAUGUAAAGGUUUCCUGGAUAUAAGCCCCGCCCCAGCCCCUCCCAGCUGCCCGAUUGGUGGCUGCUCAUGCUGCUGGUCCCGCCCCCUCUGUUGACGAGCACACUCAUUGCCCGAUCCCUACGUGUUUUUUUUUUUCUCAGCACUACCAGAAGAAAUGCUAACAGAGUAGUGUUGUUGUUGUUUUGUUUUUGUUUUCCAACUCCCUUUUCUCCUCAAACACAUGACAAGUCUGAGAUAUUUAUUCCACGUUCCAGAUAGAUGCACUCUUAACCACUAAGGAAACUGUGCAGGUCUGACCGGACUCGGUAAUUCAGGCCACACGGCUAAAACCCCACACGGCUCUCUCAUCCGGGAAAUUGAAUUAGUAAAUAUUGCCAUCUAGUAUCCGGUCCUCUUAGUGUGGACUUUAACAGUGCGGAGUCGCAGUUCAUUUGGAGUGAGGUGAUCACUUGAAGAGCUAAAGGCAUCUAGUAGCAAUGGGUCUGCUAGUGGACCGCAGGAAUUGGCCUUUUAGAUGCAGGGAUGCAACUUAAACAGUGUUAGCAGAACAAGCGGUGUGUUCUUUAUACGUUUCCAGGGACCAAGGGAGGAGGGUAAAGCAGGAUACUGUUUUAACAUUGUCAUCACCUUACACUUAGAACGGGUACAGCGCAGACAUCCGUCUCCAACAAAUGUUCCUUGGCGUGCACUGGCAGCCAGAUCUGGAGAUCCAUAUUUAAACAGCUGAUCAGUGAACAUGAAUUUCCACCACAGUUCUGCGCCAGGUCAGAAUUUGGUGCCUUCCUGUAGUGUGUUUUAUCCAGGCUGUAUGUCUGAGGUGUGAAGGCGUGUGUCCGGUCUGCUGCACCCAUUCAAACUGUAUGGUGCUGCAUGUCGCUGAGCCGUGGUCUCUGUUCUAAAUGAUAGGUUUAACAGAUGUAAUUAUAAUGUAAGCUGGCACACAAUGUUGAUGUAGGCUCCAGGUGUUUUUACCAAAAUCUUUUUUUUUUUUCUUCAUUAUUUCUGUUUGUGUUUUUAUUUUUAUUUUAUAUAUAUAAAAAAUAUAUAUAAAAAAAGGUUACUUUCACUCCUUUUACAUUUAGGGGUCGGAACUCAUCUGAACUCUUACCUGCCAGUUUGUACCAAGAAAACCACUGAUUGGUUACGUUUAAUAAAACCUCCAAUGGCAGAGAGACUGUUGGGUAAAGAUUAUUUGUGAUUGGUUGGUUCUUGUUUUUCUUAACUGGUGGCUUAGAGUUGGGUUGAUGUCCAGCCCAAGUCAGUAUAAUUAUUAUAACCUGUUGUUGUUUUGGUGCAAAACCAAAUGCUUUGUCUAAAGUCUUUGUUCUUUGUAUAUGCAUUAUUUUCAAAAAUAUUAAACUUAUACCUUAAUUGCCUUUA